ACGAGCGACAGGAGACGGAAGGCUGACACACAUUCAAAACCUCACCAGAAAAAUGCCCAAUUUCGCCGGCACCUGGAAAAUGAAAAGCAGCGAGAAUUUUGAAGACUUGCUCAAAACGCUGGGUGUGAACGCCAUGCUGAGGAAGGUAGCGAUGGCGGCUGCGUCCAAGCCCCACGUGGAGAUAAGGCAGAACGGCGAGCACUUCUACAUCAAGACUUCUACCACGGUCCGCACCACGGAGAUCAACUUCCUCAUUGGAGAGGAGUUUAGCGAGGAGACGGUGGAUGGCAGAAAGUGUAAGAGCUUGGCCACUUGGGAAGCAGAAAACAAGAUUUACUGCAAACAGACUCUACUGAGCGGGAACGGCCCGAAGACCUUCUGGACCCGAGAACUCAAUGGGGACGAACUCGUACUGACCUUCGGAGCCGAUGACGUGGUGUGCACACGGAUCUACGUACGAGCGUAGCAGAAGUCCACCAGUUCAAAUUCCCUCCGACAAAAAUAAUGUUUCAGCGCCAGAAAUUUAAAACAAAAUCAAAUAAUUUGGUUUUUCACCAUGAAAAAAAAAAAAAUAAAUCACAAUUUCAGAAUACUGUUUUUUUGAACCUCCCUUUUUGAACAGAUCUUUUCAAGCAUUGGAAAUUAAAGAUCAGACGAUGACGUCUUUGUGUUGCAUCGUUGAGUUCAUGCUGUCGGUCUUUAGAUAGAAGCAGCAGCAGAGUCUGCACACUAAACAUCACAGAUAUCACCUGAUGAAGAACGUCCUGGUCAGACUGCAGGCCCCUUUUUAAAGAAAGAAAAUAAAAACAGGAAGUGGUCGACUGAGUCUAUUUAAAGGAUUGUUUAAUGCCAAACAUCAUACUAACACUCAUGUACAACAUCAUAAGUCAAGAGAAGAGACACAUUAA